AUGUUGCGCUUUGGUAUUGAUCUCUUCAACCAAGAGGAUCCGCCGCCCGGAUGCCUUAUGAGAACCAAGCAGUACCGUAUUUGUGGGAUCGGCCCACUGCCAGCGCCCGGAAAUCUUGCUCAAAUAAUCAGCUGCACAACGUCGUUCAAACUCUAUUAUCAAAAGACCCAGGGAAAGACAAAGCCCACCUGGAAACCAAUUCUGUCCGGCAAAAAGUUCCCGUUUGAAAUCAUGGUGGAAUCAAUGAACUUUGACGCCUUCCAAAAAGCCGUGGCCGAUGCAUGUGACAAGGAAUUUGCAAACGCUGAGAAGAUCAUCAAAGAUGCGCUUGAAACUGGCUUUCCCCAUCUUGACUGGCUAUCAUUGAACUCUCACUGCCCAGGCGAUCGCAGCCAGUUCAAGAAGAUCUUUGCGAAGGAUCCCCUGAUUAACAAUGCGAUGUCCCCAUUCAGUAAAACAGGAUCUGACGCGCUGCGGGCCCUCACCACGAAUUUCCAUUCUUCGUCGGCCCAUAAGAGAGUGGCGACCCUGGCCGUCUUUUAUCAUAUCUCCGAGAAGCCGGACCCAUUCAUCAUGGAACAGUUUCAAAUCCUUUUCCAUGGGCGUCUCCUCCUUCAUGAGGGAGAUCUCCUUGGACACAUAGCAGAUGUACAUCGCUGGCUUUCCCCUGAUCAAAAAUGA